CUGGGCCGCCGCCGUCGCCGCCGCUGUGAAGGGUCCGCGGGCCGCCCGCCCGCCGCGCCGGCGCCAUGAAGCGGCAGAGCGAGCGAGACUCCAGCCCGAGCGGGCGUGGCUCGUCGUCGUCGGCAAAGCGGCCGCGGGAGCGCGAACGGGAGGCGGAGGUGGGCGGGCGGCGAGCGGUUCAUAAGGCCUCUGGCGGUGCCAAACACCCAGUUCAAGCGCGGGCCCGCGACAAGCCCCGCGGUACGGGGGGCGGCGGGGGCGGACAUCGCGACGGCCGCGGCGCCGGGGACGCAAAUCACCGUGCGGGCAGCGGACGCUCCUCGGGCUCUGGAGCUGGCGGUGGGGGACGCGGCGGCAAGGCCUCGGGGGACCCGGGCGCCUCGGGCGCGUCGCCCCGCGCUUCUCCGCUGCCGCCGCCCCCGCCGCCGCCCGGGGCCGAACCUGCAGGUCCUGGCUCUGCAGCCGUGCCGGAGUACAAGACGCUACUCAUCAGCAGCCUGAGUCCUGCGCUGCCCGCCGAGCACCUUGAGGACCGGCUGUUCCACCAGUUCAAGCGCUUCGGCGAGAUCAGCCUGCGCUUGUCGCACACGCCGGAGCUGGGGCGCGUGGCCUACGUGAAUUUCCGGCACCCGCAGGACGCGCGCGAAGCCCGCCAGCACGCCCUAGCCCGCCAGCUGCUGCUGUACGACCGCCCGCUCAAGGUGGAGCCGGUGUACUUGCGCGGCGGAGGGGGCGGGAGCAGCCGAAGAAGCAGCAGCAGCAGCGCUGCCGCCACCACGCCGCCUCCGGGACCGCCCGCGCCCGCCGACCCUCUCGGCUACCUGCCGCUGCACGGGGGAUACCAGUACAAGCAGCGCUCACUGUCCCCGGUCGCCGCCCCGCCCCUGCGAGAGCCUCGGGCCCGCCACGCCGCUGCAGCCUUCGCCCUGGACGCCGCCGCCGCCGCCGCCGCGGGGCUGUCCCGGGAGCGGGCCCUGGACUACUACGGGCUGUAUGACGACCGCGGGCGCCCGUACAGCUACCCAGCCGUGUGUGAAGAGGACCUGAUGCCUGAGGACGACCAGCGGGCCACUCGAAACCUGUUCAUCGGGAACUUGGACCACAGCGUAUCCGAGGUGGAGCUGCGCAGGGCCUUCGAGAAGUACGGCAUCAUUGAGGAGGUGGUAAUCAAGAGGCCUGCCCGAGGGCAGGGUGGGGCCUAUGCUUUCCUAAAGUUCCAGAACCUGGACAUGGCCCACAGGGCUAAGGUGGCUAUGUCAGGCCGGGUGAUUGGCAGAAAUCCCAUUAAGAUAGGUUAUGGCAAGGCCAACCCCACAACUCGCCUCUGGGUGGGUGGCCUAGGACCCAACACUUCACUGGCAGCCCUGGCCCGGGAGUUUGAUCGCUUUGGAAGCAUUCGGACCAUUGAUCACGUCAAAGGAGAUAGCUUUGCCUACAUACAGUACGAGAGCCUGGAUGCAGCCCAGGCCGCCUGUGCUAAAAUGAGAGGCUUUCCUUUGGGUGGUCCAGACCGCAGGCUCCGAGUGGAUUUUGCCAAAGCAGAAGAGUCUCGGUAUCCCCAGCAGUACCAGCCCUCACCCCUCCCUGUGCACUAUGAGCUUCUCACAGAUGGAUAUACCCGGCACCGAACCUUGGAUGCGGACCUGCGGGUGCGGGAUAGGACCCCUCCACACCUUCUGUACUCAGACCGAGACCGGACCUUUUUGGAAGGGGACUGGACCAGCCCCGCUAAAAGUUCUGACCGCAGAAACAGCCUGGAGGGUUAUAGUCGCUCAGUGCGCAGCCGGAGUGGUGAACGCUGGGGAGGGGAAGGGGACAGGGGCAUGCCCAAGCCCUGGGAAGACAGGCGCAAGCGGAGGAGCCUUUCCAGUGACCGCGGAAGGACAACUCACUCUCCUUAUGAGGAACGGAGCAGGACCAAGGGUGGUGGGCAGCAGUCUGACCGCAGCUCAGACCGCACCCCUGAGCGCAGCCGAAAGGAGAACCACUCUGGUGAAGGGACCAAGGAGUCAGGCAGCAACUCUCUCAGCAACAGCAGACAUGGGGCUGAGGAGCGAAGCCACCACCACCACCACCACGAAGCUCCAGACUCUUCCCAUGGGAAGAAGAGAGAGAGUGAGCGCAAUCAUCGGACCACUGAGGCCGAGCCCAAGCCUCUCGAAGAGCCAAAACAUGAGACCAAAAAGCUGAAGACUCUUUCAGAGUAUGCUCAGACGCUGCAGCUGGGUUGGAAUGGGCUUUUAGUGUUGAAAAACAGCUGCUUCCCAACAUCUAUGCAUAUCCUAGAGGGGGAUCAGGGAGUCAUCAGCGGUCUCCUCAAAGACCACACUUCUGGGAGCAAGCUGACCCAGCUGAAGAUCGCCCAGCGCCUUCGACUAGACCAACCCAAGCUUGACGAGGUCACACGACGCAUCAAGCAGGGGAGCCCCAAUGGCUAUGCAGUGCUCCUAGCCACCCAGGCAGCCCCCAGUGGGCCUGGCACUGAGGCGAUGGCCACAGUGGAGCCAGGCCUUCAGAGGCGGCUUCUCAGGAACCUGGUCUCCUACUUGAAACAGAAGCAGGCUGCAGGGGUAAUCAGCCUGCCAGUGGGGGGGUCCAAGGGCAGAGACAUCACAGGCAUGCUCUAUGCCUUCCCACCCUGCGACUUCUCCCAGCAGUACCUCCAGUCAGCGCUGAGGACAUUGGGCAAGCUGGAAGAGGAACACAUGGUGAUAGUUAUAGUAAGAGACACUGCCUAGCCCAAACUCAAAAGCAGUUACUUGCAAAUCUGAUCCCUUCUCUACCUGCUCCCUUGGUUUGAAUUAUCUGCUGGAUUAAUUUAGUUCAUUUGGUGGGGGGAUCAGUCUGUCCACUAAAUCUAAGUUCUUAGAUUUUGGGGGACUUUUUUUUACGAUGACAAGAACCCCUGUUACGUUGACUUCUCUAUGAGAUACUGUCUGCUGUAUUCUGUAUUUUUUUAUUUUUUGACUAACUGUAUGGAAAGUUGUCAGUAAAGCCUUUGUCAGAGGAUGGAUUUCUAAUCCGUUCAGUGUCCAAGUUUAAUCAAGUUUUUUCUUAAAAGAAUGGAACUUUCCCAGUGCAUGCCCUGGUCACAUUUCUGGCACUACUGUGUCCAAAAGGCCUGCUGUAUUUUGGUGGCUCUCAGCUAUUAGGCUGUCAGGACUCAUACUCAGUUUUUUUGUUGUUGUUUUUUUUUUUUCAUACUCAGUUUUAAUCUUAGCUGAUACUGGCACACACAGCCCUGGGCCCUGCUGUGUACCCACCCACCUGACUAGAUCCCCUUCAAAGGAAUGGGUGAGCCUAAGGUCUGUGCCAACAGCUGCUAGUAGUUUCUGGUUUGGUUUUCCCUGCCCUUAGUAUGUGUCCAUCAGUUCAGUCUGUGUUUGUUGGACAAAGUGCCCAAUUAUAAAACCUGUUUGAUGGUGGAUAGUUUUCAACAGUUGUUGUGCAUGGGGGAGGAGCAGUGCAAUGUUGAUGCCAAGAGGUCUCAGUGCCUGCACACUUGUCAGGAUCCUUCUGGCCUAGCCUCCCUUUCUAGCCUUACCUAACAUGGGGGUCUUAGAGGCGGUGGAGCAUUGGAGGCAGCCUGCCUUGGUUAACUCUUGAACCAUACUCAGGAGUCUCAUUUUUGGCUCUUCCUUCGGUCAUUCAGGGCUGAUAUGUCAAUAAGGUGGGCCUGUGCCCAGUCACACAUCUAGAGCUUUGUGGAGAGCAACGAAUCCCCAGUUGAAGUACUUCUCACAGUGCUUUCGGGUUGUGCAGUGGGUUAGGAAGAUGUCCUUGGUAAGUGACCUAACAAGUUUCUUGCUCCAAUAAAAGUUAAGUGAGGAAUGCUAAGAAACGGAUUUUCUCUUCUACAAAAAAUGACACAGUCGCUGAGGUUUGGGGCAGGGCUAAAGCAAAGCCACUCAAACCAGGCUGGGGAAGGAAAGGAUGUGGAGGAUCCUCUAGUUGGGUGGGAAAAGUGGCCUGAACAGUUACAGAAUUCUGCCUUCACUGGUCGGUCUGGUUGGUUAGGUGGGCAGUGCUGACAGACAAGUUCAUUGGUGCCAGGGACCAGGGAGGAAACAGAGCAUACAGUGGCUGUCACCAAACACAGCCCAAAUAGCAUUCAGCUAUUUAUGUGGCAGUGUGGAUAUUCCGAAAGGAUGGUUGUCGGGUCUGAGGAGUAGGAGCUCUAUUAAGAGACAUGUACUUCCAGGUGAUCAGAAGCUGUAGGUUCUGCUGGCCAGGCCAGUGCUCCAGGUCUGGCCCACUCUCCAGCCAGCAUGGGUGACAAUGAGAUCUGAGGUAAGUGCUCUGUGCAGGCAGGGGCUAUGUACAGGCUCCAUGGAGGAGAUGACUGUCCACAAGGAUACAGCUGUCUUUUAGACCCUGGAGACAGAGUCAGCAGGGGUCUGUGCUUCGAAAGUACACCAGGGCUACCCCUUGGACCCUUCCUGCCCCUCAGGAGCUUUCCUAGUAAUAAAUAUCUUCCUACUUAAAGAAAAGUACAUCAUUCACUGGGCUUCAGCCAGCCAGUGCUCACAAGAAUGAGUGCAUUCAUAAAACAACACAACAAAGUGUUGAACAUGUUUAUUGGCCUGUUUCUAUGUGACCUGUGGCCACAGUUGCCAGGUACUAAGCAAGUCCAUUGGGCACCUGAGGAUACAACUUGGGUAGGUGGCACUGCCAGAAACAGAAGGGGCCUCAUCUUGAAGUGCACUGCAGUUUCCUCUGUAUGCCUUCAACAAGUCACAGGCAGAGCUGCCAUGUCACCUCUGGGCUGCCUAUCUUCCUUCACAGAAUGUGGCUCAGCUACCCCAGGAAGAACCAAGUAAAAGGAGAUACGCUCCUUAGCCUGGGUGGAAGACACCACCAGUUUUUGCCUUGUCUACCCUCCUAAGGGCCCUUAUGGCCUCAGAAAUAACCAGAGUUUUGAUGAAGAGCCACAGCCCAUUGUGUGACCCCUCUCCUUUGGACCUCAACCACAUCCUUCCUUUGGCUUUUUAGGCACAAGGUUCUAAGACCUCUCAGGCCUUGGCAGCACUGAAGAAAGUAAGUCAGGUGGCCAAGGCCUUGGCUGCUUCAUGACAACCCAGUGAGAACUGGAACUCUCCCAUGCCUCCACCUGGGAAUCAGGUCCUAGCCAACAGGUUGCUUGAAGGGAGAGAGCAUGAAGUGGGGAAGUCUAUCUCAUCAAUGGUGUACUAUUGGUCUGUAUGUUUCUUCCUAAGUGAUUCCAAUUUUGACCCCUGGCAGAAUAAGGAAGAGUACAUGUCCCUUAAGGCACUUCCCUAAGGAUAUGUUGUCAAGUCAACGAGAACUCUGCUUUCCUAUGAGCGGUGCCCAUCUCCACCUCAGAGACCUGUGGGUACUCCCAAGAGCUCCUGGCAGCUUCAGGGAUGCACUCAGCUGUUAGUAUGGGUGCACUGCUGCUGAUUGCAGUGGUCCUGGCAGUCAGGCUAUCCCACUGGUUAGUGCUAGCUACCAUUUAAAGCUAAGGCAUGAAGCAAAUGAGCUGAAACCUCUGCUCUAGAGGACCAAGAAGUGCUAUGUGGUCCAGGACCACUUCAGUGCGUAUGACAAACUAUGUUGCUCCUGAGCCCGCUAGGGCUUUUCCUGCCCCUGGAGAGUUUUGGCUGUCUUGUGUUGCUUCUUUAUUUCAUAAAUGCCAAACGCGCCACCUCUUCUUUCAGUAAAGGAAGAAAAAAAUCUCUUAAGCUGUAUUCUAUGUAACAGAAACCAAGAAGCUGUUUUUCAGGCAAAAUCAAAGGGAGAGAAGUCAGAGUCUUCUGUUUAUUAUGGGAAGAAAAAUGGGUGGGGUGAAACAAUGUCAGAGCCCUGGAACUUUUCUCUGAUGGUUACACAGUCUAAGAAUAGGCCAAUUUUAGCCCUGAAGCAGGUACAAACUCAACCUGACCAAACCCCAACUAGCCCUCAGCCACCAGGACUAGAGAACUAAAAAGUCCUGUGUCAUAUGCCCUUAUGGCAGCCACAAUCCCAACUAUAGGGAUGGCCGAAAUGCUCUUUUUAGCACUGCCAGCCCAUUCCUCCAAAAUUUCCUAGGGCCCCUGCUUUUGCAGCUCUACUAAGUCUGUAGUCAGGAGCUGCCCUCUUGAUCCAGAACAUGGGAAUGGAGAGAUGUAUCCACUGUGGACAAUGCCCUGAGCUCUGCCCUCACCUGUUACCUUUCCAAAAGAGGUCCUCAACCCAAGCCACAGUCCAGGGCCAGACACUGACUGACCUACUGUUCUCCAAGGGUGCAUUAGUUGGGCAAAAUGUUCUCACCAUCACCCUGCUCUGCCUCUCUUGGAAGGAAGGCAUCUUUUGUGUGGCCUGCCAGAGCUGCAAGGAAAGGGCGAUCCUACUUUGGUAAAAGAGAACAGAGAAAGGCCAUAAACAAAGACUUGUUGUUUAUUUUGUAUUUUUUUUUAAAUAAAUACACUUUACAUUAAAGAAAAAGGCCUUUGAUUUGUAAUUUCCACAUUGGGGAGAAAGAGAAGAAAAAAAGGAAUCUGAAAAACUGAAUCACAAAAAUAGAGGGAGUGAA